UUUUAAUAAUAAAAAACAGAGCAACAAGAUGACGAUGCGCCCAGAUGACCACCGUAGAAAAUGGGACAAAGCUGAGUACCAGAAGCUGGCCCAGGAGCGACUGCUCAAUCAAGCAGUCACAAAGGAGGAGGAGCCUGUGCAGCGGGAAAAUCUUAAAAGACGGGACUACAAGGUGGAUCUUGACAGUAAGUUGGGCAAGAGCGUUGUGAUUAACAAAAACACUCCCACAUCGCAAUCUGGCGGCUACUAUUGCAAUGUGUGUGACUGUGUUGUGAAGGAUUCAAUUAAUUUUCUGGACCAUAUAAAUGGAAAAAAGCACCAACGCAAUCUGGGCAUGUCAAUGAAGGUCGAGCGGAGCACCGUUGAUCAAGUGAAGGAGCGCUUUCAACAAAACAAAAAGAAAAUGGAGGAGAAACAAAAAGACUACGAGCUAGAAAGAAGAUUACGCGAGGCCAAGGAGGAAGAAGACCGCUAUAAAGAACAUAGAAAGGAAAAAAGAAAAGAACGCAAACGAAAAGCAGAUGAUGCCGACGACUUUAGUACUGGCUUACCUGACGACAUGGCUGCCAUAAUGGGUUUCUCUGGUUUUGGUGGGUCAAAGAAAAACUCUUAAGCUUUAAGUGGUUAAUUCGAUUAUUUUUAGCUGUAAUGUACAAAAUAAUACAUAAUAAAAGUAGUAGUGGAAUAAAAAUACACUCGAACAAGAGAA